UCUGAUCUCCGCUAACCAUGGCCGAGUUUUCGGAUCAACUUCGUCUCCUGCCCGCUCGGAAUCCUUCGGACACAGGGUCAAUUGAAAAUGUUGAUAGCGGCGAUCGAAGCAAUAUUUGUUUACAAGAUACCGGCGCCUACCGUGAUUCAUCGCGCAGCAGUCUGGCCAGCACGCCCCAAAAACCUGUCGAGGAUAACGAUCAACCCGACGACGUGCCUGUACCCACCACGAAACCCAAGCGUCGAUGCUCCGUGGUCUUUGUCACGCUUAUUGUGUUGGCUGUCUACAGUACCAUCCUUUCUGGCAUCUUCUUUGUCAUUGCCUGCAUCAAACCUUUUUAUGGCGGACUUAUCGGAUCUAACGGCAGCCUUACUGCCUCCACUGCCUCUUUGCUCAGUGCUCUGUUUGCCAAAACCAUCGAGUUGUCUUUUGUCACCAUCUGUGUCGCCUUCCUAGGGCAGCUGUUGAGCCGCCGUGCUCUCGCGCAUGGAUCCGACGGGGUGAGCAUUGCAGAAAUAACCCUGCGCACCUGGAUCACGCAGCCUGGAUCGCUGCUGAUGCAGUUGGAAACGCUGCGCUACCUUGGCUGGACAGCCCUCGGAACCCUGACACUCACCGUAGCCUUAAGUGCCAUGCUGUACACCACGGCCGCUGAAGCCUUAGUAUCGCCUAAUCUAGUCAUGGGCCCCGUCCAAUAUCGGCUCCUCCAAGGCAACGUCUCCACCCAAUACGCCGAUCCAAAGUACCUCGAAAACAAAUGUCAAAGCCCCAUGACCUCCGCCAUCGAUCCCGGGCAUUUUAACACUACCUGCUUCAACAUGGAGAUGGCCGGCCGCGCAUACAACGACUUCUACCAAUACCUCCAAGAUUGGGCGGAGCUCCUCGCAGACGGCAACGCCACAUCCUCCGUACUGACGGAUCGCCCGCAGCCCAACUCUCUCCUAUAUGACAACACCACUGUCCAGGGCAGCUGGAUCGAGACUGACAACAUGACUCAACUCUCUUUGCAAUACGGGCGCAUGGUCAACAACAUCACGGCCGCCUACCCUCACGGGGGCAUCUUCUCCGCGGCCCGCAACCCUGCCAACGACAUCCAACAACCGUCCGACCUGUCGGGCGAAGGCAAAUACAUUCUCUCCGCAUCGGUGCCUUCACCCGCUGUCAAUGUCCUCUGUACCGGCAUGUCCAGUGACGAACUCGCUCCCCUCAUCUACUCCCAAUGGCAUACCAACAGCACCUUAGAUAUCUCCAACUGGUACACAGAAGGCCCGACCUACAACACCACCAACCGCACCGCCGUCGACUCCCUCUUCGGCUUCUCCGACCACCACCCGGCCCCCGUCUUCCCUAUCUACCCCCAACCCUACAAUACCAUCAUCAACUCCAAAAUCGACGGUUCCCCCUCCAUCUACCUGCUCGGCGCCGCCCCCACCGCCCACAACCCACCCUACGUCCUCUGCAGCCUUCGCAGUAAACUCUCCGGCCGCUGUUCUACUCGCUACCAAGUCGAAUCCUCCGGUGGUAAACUCACCUCCCACUGCGAAGACCCCACCGACACCCUCCAAUACAGCCGUAUCCACCCGGACACCUCGGAAUCCACCUACGACUUGAACUGGAAACAAGUCGCCUGGGACUGGGCUGAUAGUGUCAGUCUCGGAAGUGGGCUCAUGGGUGAUAACGCUAGCGUCGAACGUCUCCUUAUGGAAUCAAUCCCAUCAUUUAAUCCAUCCACCAACACCUCCUCCCUCGAUCCGACCCUCCCAUCCGUCAGCGAAGGCCUAAUCGUGCUCGCUGGCACCACUCUUCUCCUCGGAAGUCAAGACUCCCCCUAUAUCCCAUAUUGGAAUUAUAGUAGUAAUGGGUCGUCUCUAUCCACUCCCGCCGUGCAGGUGUUCAACGCGUCUCUUCAAUCAGCAGGCUAUGCAUCCGGACGAACCAGCGACUGGCAACGAGCCUUCUAUAUUAUUUUGGCUAUUGUCUUUGUGAUAAGUAUCAUCUUUUUGGGAUAUAUCCUCUUGCAGGUGAGAGGUCGCUUGGUGACGGAUUUUACAGAGCUGCCGAAUUUGUUUGAGCUGGCGCGGAAUAGUCCGGCCGGGGGGCAGUGGGUCGAAAGUCAGAGCAGGCCGAAAUUUCGAGAGAAGUGGCAUGUUGAGAUGAACGAGGAAAAUGGGCAAUAUUAUAUUCGAACCAUGUGAAAGUUCCUUUGUUUGGUCUGCUUUGUUCGCCUUGCGUCGCAUAGCUCACUUAUCUUUGUUUACUUCGCAUGUUCCUCUACACCUUUCUGGUUCCCUUACUCACGUUAGAAAUUUAACUAGAU